CUUAUUGGGUGCGCCGGCUGCUGCGGUGGCUUCUGGGAAGGUUAUUGGCGGCCGAUUGGGUUUGAGGGCGUAGGUGUCAGUGGACUGUCAAAACUGUGUUAGAACAGUGAGGCCAUAGUAUUUGCUGAGCGGCUGUCCAUGCAGAAGAUGCUGUCUCUGCUGUCCCGUGUGCUGAAGGGCCCAGCCCAGAAGCCUGUCACUGGGGCUGCUAAUGAGGCUGUUCGUGUAAUGGUGGCGUCCCGUAACUAUGCAGAUUUUGCAUCAGAAGCUACGUUUGACAUUAAGAAAUGUGACAUUCAUCGUUUGGAAGAGGAACCUCCCACUCAGGCUGUUCUAACUCGAGAAGAGGGGCUCCAGUAUUACAGAACUAUGCAGACAAUCCGACGCAUGGAGCUGAAAUCAGAUCAACCGUACAAGCAAAAGAUCAUCAGAGGAUUCUGCCACCUCUAUGAUGGGCAGGAAGCAUGCUGUGUGGGUCUGGAGUCUGGUAUCAAUCCCACGGAUCACUUAAUUACUGCCUAUAGAGCACAUGGCUAUACCUACACACGAGGAGUGUCUGUGAAGGAAAUUUUAGCUGAGCUGACUGGUAUGCUCCAGUUUUUUAGUUUGUAUAUUGCAUUUUUUACUGAGAUUUUUCCCUAUUUCCUUGUAUUUCAGGGACAGAUAUUUGAAACCUACAAUAUGGCUGCCUUAUGGAAGCUGCCCUGUAUCUUUAUUUGUGAAAAUAACAGAUACGGCAUGGGGACCUCUGUGGAGAGAGCAGCAGCAAGCACAGACUAUUACAAACGAGGAGACUACAUCCCAGGUCUUCGAGUUGAUGGUAUGGAUGUUCUGUGUGUUCGAGAAGCCACUAAGUUUGCAGCUGAUCACUGCAGAUCUGGAAAGGGUCCAAUUUUAAUGGAGCUUCAGACUUACCGUUAUCAUGGACACAGCAUGAGCGAUCCUGGUGUAAGUUAUCGUACCAGAGAGGAAAUUCAGGAAGUAAGAAGUAAAAGUGAUCCGAUCACCCUUCUCAAGGACAGAAUGUUACACAACAACCUGUCUAAUGUGGAGGAAUUAAAGGAAAUUGAUGUGGAAGUACGGAAAGAGAUUGAAGAAGCUGCUCAGUUUGCUACCACCGACCCUGAACCUCCACUAGAAGAAAUUGCCAAUCACAUUUAUCGCAAUGAUCCCACGUUUGAUGUCAGAGGAGCAAAUCUCUGGAUCAAAUACAAAUCCGCCAGCUAAAUCUCUUCAGUCCUCCUCUGGUCAAUGUUACCUGUUACUUUAAGGGCAUUUUAAUGGGUGCUGGGUUAUGUUUGCUCCUCACUGCUGGGUUGAAGACGCACUGCAAUUCUUAAUGUCCCACCAGUAACAUCAUCCACUUUAGACUUUGUUUUAAUACAUAAGGACUUGGCAUGUGUUUGGAUAAGAAGAAAAUGCCUUAAUGUUUUCAGACCGAAAGCAGAUCUGCAUCCAUUUUAGUUCAGUGUAAUCAUUAGAGAGAACUCGUGCUUCAGGAGACCCCCUUUUCUUCCAUGGUUUUCCCUCUGAUUCUGGCUGGGCAAAGUUCUCUUAUAAUGUAAGUUAGAAGCUCCGCCUUCUUCAGAUGAAAUGUUAUAUAUUUAUAGGAUCCUGAACUUAAAGUCUUGCCAUUUAUACAUGUGCUGAAACAUUUAUUAUUCCGUUUCAUUAAAACUGGCCUCAACACAA